GUUUUCGUCAUAAUACAAUGCAAUCUCAUCCACUUUUCGGUGGAGCAUUUCAGUGUUUAUUACCGACAAAUGUGAUCGACGCCAGUGAUCUACGUCAAAUUCCUGAUAACCAAGAAGUUUUUUUACAUCCAUCAACUUCUCAAAGUAUUACAAUCGAUAUCAUGGAAUAUGUCAGUGAUAGUAAUCAUGAAGAUGCAGCUAGAACUCAUUUUGAUGCGAUAGGUGCAUCAAAUGAGGCAACAGAUUCAAAUAUUUCGUCUAUUACAACUGUCAACUUAUCCAAUCCGGAUCCUUACUGCCCAUCUACAGUUCUACUCGUUGGACAACAAAAAGUAGCGAAAUUUAAUCAAUCCAAUGAAGAUGUUGUAUCUAUUUACAUGGCUCUAUAUCGAUAUACACAAUUUCAAGCUGAUGUCUUAGUUCUUGUCAAUAAUCCUAUUGAAGACAGGUAGAGACAUACUUCCACUUCCAGGAAAUCCUGAUCAAAUGCUUAUGAGAUCUGGAACUAAUGGUUUUUCAACGGAUAUUGCCUGGUCACAAGAUACAAUAAAUGCAAUACUUCUUUCCUUACGCUUAAGAAAUCCUAAUAUUUUUAUAUCAUAAAAGUUGAAAGUUGUUUUUUUGAAAAAGAAAAUAAUUUUCAUUGAACAGCAUUUCUUUUUCUCUGUAAAUGUAUAUUUGUACAAAAGAGAAGCUGUGUUCAGUAUAUUGUCUUUCUUAUCAUUAUUAAUAUUAUUGGAAGCAUUUAUUCCUGUAAGUGUUUUUUAAAUAUUCCUCCAGUAAAGUUGAAAUACAUGAUCUUGUCUGAUUCAAUUUCAAGUCUGAUGCAUAUGCUUAUUCUUAUAAAACUUCCGAAAGAA